CAUCAGAAUACCUGAAGACGGCAGCACUAAAUAGACUGCCAGUUAAUGUUUUUGUGAUCUUUUCUCAAUCAGCUGCUGCAGGUCGCCCGCGUCUUGAUAUACUCCAAGGAUGAAUUUUAUCAUAAUACAAUGCCAAACUUGCAAGCAUUACCUAGCUGACACCUAUGUUAAUUAGACCAUCACAAGAAGAAUGUUUUUACAGUCCUGCAGCACCUGCCAGCCAAUAUGAAAGAUGGGUAUCCUGAGGAAGUCCCUCUUAAGACUAGAGUGUGUAUUCUUCAAAGUUGGAAACCUGUAAAGACUCUCCCUGAAGUUGUCCAGCUCCCAGACUUACAACAUGAUCAGGAACAAGACAUUGUAUUAUCUAUAAAAAAAAAAGAACCCCUGGAGUUGAAAGCAUCUAAUGCAGGCAUCAGUCAAUUAUCAGAUGAUCGAAUUUUGAAGAAUAACUUCACAAAUGAUAAAUCAGAUGUAGGAACUAAGCCUGACAACACUGCUGCUGUGGCUUUGUCACGUGCUGUAGCUGGUAGACUUGCUGCCCAAUAGAAUUACAAACAAAUUGGGAAAUCUUGCCCAAGGCAGAAUGAAGAUGCGUUGGAAUUACCGAACAGAAAGCACACUCAUAAAGUUAAUUCGAGAACGGAGGAUUCUUUGGGACUCCACUAAUGAAUAUUACAGCAGAAAAUCUCUUAAGAAACAAGAAUAUGAUGAAAUUGCCCAACAGUUACUUCAAGAAUUCCCAGAUAUUCCUCCUCAUGCCAUGACAGGAGAUGCAGUUCGUGUAAAAUUUAAUCAUCUCAGGGAAUACUUCCGCCGUCUUUUGAAGCGUGUGCAGGUGAAAGAAAAUGGUGCUUUUGUGGGAGAGGAAUUGGUUCCUGAAUGGGAACAUUUUACCAGUCUGCUAUUCCUCAAUGACACCACUUCAAAUCAAUAUACAUUGGUGUCAAAUUUACCCAAAUUCAAAAGUCUCUCCGAAGCAUCUGUAGAAGACUUCGACAAUGCAGGGUCAAAGGAAACCAGAGGAAUAGGCCUAUACAUAGGUGAAGAGGAGGAGGAUUCAAGCUACCUCUCAAAAAUUCUUACCCCAAUAACACAACUUUCAACUGAAAAUUGUGAACUAUUCCAAACACCAGCAGAAUUGGAGAGAUGCUCGCCUACAGCAGCAACAGUCCCAGAACAAGACACCUCACAUUAUCUUAAUAGUGUACAUUUCAAACCUGGCAUAGAAAGUUCAUUGGUACCAUCAUGUACCAAGUCUUAUUCUGCAAAGAAAAAAAGGAAGAGAAUUUCACCUCAAGAUUCAGAGGAAGCUUUAAACAUCUCUCUUGCCUGUCUUCAUAAAAUAACUGAAAAGAAAGAAGACCAGUACGACCAUUUUGGAAAAUUUGUGGCAUCAGCAAUUCGUAGCUUGCCAGAAGGAAAUCGUUGGCCUGUCAUGACAAAUAUUUGGCAAGUAUUAGACAUGACAAUAGAAAAGGAAUAAGUAACUUCUGUAGAUCUGUCUCGUAGUAAACUCCUGACAAUUUUGUGUAGUGUUGGAAGCUUUUUUUUUUAUGCAAAUCUUCUGUAAAUAUAUAAAAAGUAACCCAAAUUUUUUCAUUCCCACUUGCACACCUUUAAAAAUGCAACUAUGCUUAUACAGUAAACAAUAAAAUUUUUAACAACAA